UUCAGUUGUAGCAAUUGACAAGAAAAUGUAUACUGAUAUUCACAGCUGUCUCAAACUUGUGUUGCUGUAUUUGUGCUUUGACCUGUGUAAAAGUGGCGGAAAUAUACCGGACGCUGCACUGGGGAAUAUUGAUGCAGGCGAUAGAACUGCUAUAAAUGCUUUAAAUACCAACCCAUUUGCAUAUAACACCGGAACUGGAAGUCCGUUUAUGACGAGCGCAAAUUCAAUCAUAUCAACGGAAUUUGGAUUUGAUAGAUUCCUGUUGAUACAAAACGAUUUCAAUGCGGACAUAAGCUUUCGAGACCUCGAAUACGAUCAGUCUACAGCAACGCCUUUCAUUCAAUUGGUCUAUUUUACUAAUGUAGACAGACUCAGGGAUGAAACAUUUCAUAGAAUGAAAACCACUAUCACAUCACCCGCGGAAACGGGAACAGUCACGACUUUAGGGCCAGCAACUGCUACAACAACCGAUGGAAAAUGUACUUAUGAAUACUCGGCAACACAAACAGUGUACGCCUCUUACGAAACAGUCAUUAUCAUACAACUUAUCAUGAAACGAGUGGGACAGGAGUCUAUUACAGUGCAAAGAACUUCAACUGCCGAUUCAGCAGAGAUUAGACUGAUAGGCUCCCCAAGAUACGUUUUAUUUGGAUCUAUAUUAUUUAUGAAGGAUCAAGGUAACACCAUGACUUUACCAGACGUCGCAGCCAUCUCAUUGAUAUAUGCGGACGAGUUUAGCACUGUCGUUGAUGGUAUUUUCAUAUGCAACAACGGAGACGUAGAGACCCUUGAAAAUGGCGACGAUGUCUGUAGAUGUUAUCCUUCAGCUUUUGGUAACACCUGCACCGAUGUAUGUUUCCAAGGAAAUGUGAUAACACUUCAACCACACAACAGACAGAUAUGCGAAUGUGCUAUGGGGUACGGCGGCGUAACCUGUAUUUCUAAGGGGCAUUCUCUAAAUUUUGUAACUAAAAUGUCAUACAGAGAUGAAUGUCCAGCAGGCCUAUCGAAUCACUUCAAAUAUCAGUAUGACGUUGCAGAAAAUGAAGACAUAACUGUGAACGAAGUGGCAAAUAUUGCUCAAACUCUGGUCGAGAACUUUGAAUUCGGAGAUUCAAACAGGAAUUAUGACACACUUAGACAAAUAACUCAAAGCAUUGGUUCUUCAUCACCAUUCCCGAUAAUGCGGUCAAGCAGUGAGAAUGAUUUUCUUCUGGGAAUCGAAAUUCCUGUCUCUGAAACACAUUCUAUAGGAUGGAACGUGAAGAUAACUCACGCAAACAGAGAUGCAAAUCUUGUUGGUGAUCGAAUAAUAUCUGGAAAUGAAGUUAGAGGAACAUGUGGUGUAUGGUAUCAAAUUGUUCAGAGAUACAAUCCAACUGACUCAAACGCUCCAGCAAUGGCAGAUAUUUUCUUUGUUUUGGGUCAGGCAGGGUAUUCCAAAUUUCCAACCUCCACAUCAUUGGAUGUUCAAACCGUAGCUGGGACUGUAGGCAGUGAUGUAACGAGUGAAUUCUCUACUACCGGAGAAAUUUCAGGAGUGAUUUUCGGAUAUAAUCUUGUUGUCACCGAUGCUGGAAGUCAAAUAGCAGAUUCUGAGCUUAUUGAUGUUAUGGGUUGUUAUGCAGAUUAUGCAUGUAGUUCUCUACCACAGGUUUUUGAAUGUGUCAAUGGUCAGGUGAUAUUGGAUGGUAACACUCCAACUUGUAGUUGCGAUGAAGGUUGGGUUGGGCCAGCUUGUGCAUAUCCAUGUUAGGCACGGGAACGGAAUGUUUUGAAGAUAAAUCAUCGUCAAUUUCAUAUUACAUCAUAUUCAAGCCAUAUAAUUCAUCCUUACAAGUUCAUCAAUGUUGAUCGAACCGAUGUGAAGUGUUUUUUUUUAUAAUUGAAAUUAAUGUAGUCAUACUACUAUUUGGAUUCUCAUAUAAACUUGAUAAAUUCUUAUUCUUUAUUUGUGCAUGAAUGUUUUACUCCACCAGUCUUGAUUUAGUUAUAAAUGUAUUAUACAUGAGGUAAUGUUGUAGAGCAUUU